AAACUCAUUAAUUUAUUUACAUGGUGAAAGGGAAGAUCGAGCAUCAUAAUGGAAACGGGAAUAGAUCACAUAACCUAGAUGGAGUUUGGGGAAAGGAAGAGAAGAAGGAAGUCACAGAGCUUUAAAUUGGUCAUGGAUGAAGAUUUUAACUCUUCAUAUACGAUGAAUUCCAGCUGCAAAGAUGCAAACGGAGAAUCUAAGGAUGCUGCUGUGCCUGAUGAUUGGCUGGUGGAUGAGGGCAUGGAGAUCAAGAAGCAAAUCACAGGAAUGAUGAGACUUCUGAGUGAUAAGAGCAGCAGGGUAUAUCAACGUGUGGGAACAGAGCAAGACAGCUCAACAGUGACGCCCCCGGACAGGCAUCUGACUUGGGUACAUCAGCCUCCACCAUCAUCUCUUGUUUCAGAGGACCACCAGAUCAACAACUGGAACUCAACAGGGGUUUUGGAGCCUUCACCUUCAUCCAUAUCCACCCCAAACCCCAACGGUCCAGGCUGUGGCCAGUACAGCACCCGCUCCAAAGCCCUGCGGAUCCUCAACAAUACCAAGGAUCUGAACAAAAUGAUUGAGGCUAAUGACAUAGACCCUCCUGCGCCUCCAGAAACACCCUGCUGUAUGUGUAACUGUAAAGGCUCCUUGCAGGCUAUUUUGCAGGAACUGCGUGCCAUGAGGAGGCUGAUGCAGACUCAAAAAGUGUCUUUGGAAAGGCAGGAACAGACUGCAUCACCAUGCCAACCUCGCCUUGGUCCUGGCCCUGCUCCUCGUCGUAGGCCCCGCAAGAGGAGGACUAUCUAUAAAGUGGCACCACUGACUGUGUCUAGUACUAGAAGAUCUGGUCUUUCCACUGUGGAGGCAUCACCACUCACUGUUACACCUGCAGAAUCUGGAAAGAAGGAAGAUGACGAUAAAGACUCUAACACAACCAACAGUCAUCCCAUCUCCUCUGAGGUUUUAGUGCAGCCACCCCAGAAAAAUGUAUCUGACGUGCGUCUCGCAGAGGAAUAUGAUGUAUUUAUUUCAAAGGCUCAGCUAGACUCCAUUCUGGUCAACUAUACACGUUCUGGCAGCCUGCUGUUCCGCAAACUGGUGUGUGCCUUCUUUAAUGACGCUACCCUGGCUAACUCUUUGCCAAAUGGUAAAAGGAAGAGAGGACUCAAUGACAACCGCAAAGGUCUGGACCAGAACAUUGUGGGUGCCAUUAAAGUAUUUACAGAGAAAUAUUGCACUGAGCACAGAAUAGAGAAGUUGCCUGGGCCACGAGACUGGGUUCAGAUCCUUCAAGAUCAAAUCAAACUUGCCAGGAGGAGGCUGAAAAGAGAUGCUGCAGAAGCAGAAGAAGUCUUAAAUGGACCUUCAACAAGUAUGAACCACACAUUAAAAAUAUUCACACAUAUGGGCAGCUAA